ACUGCGCACAGUGUUGUGAAAAUGGCGACUGCCAGCAUGAAAAGUUGUCCGUACCUCGGACAAUCGAUGCAGUCAAGCAUUUUGCUGUUCAUUUUCAUAAUAGUUGUUUCAUCAAUACCCCAAAGUUUUGGAGAUGACUGUACUAUUCACGGAUACGAUGUCAAAAUGCUUUCAAAAUAUAAUCCUUGGAUAUCGUCAUCAAACGAUGGCAACACAACAUACAAAAUUAGCUUGUGCGAAGCUGUAAGAGUUUCAAACGCAGCCAAUGAGUGUCCUGCAAAGACAUCAGUCUGCCAGCUGACCAGGGGAGAGAAGUCUGUCUCUCUUGGCAACUACACAUCUACCUUCAAUACAACAAAAGAUAGCAAAGAUGGAGAGGUUAUUGUAUUCUUCCGUGGUGAAUCAUGCCCAAGGAUGCCGACGGAAUACAGAACGACUAUCAUUUACUUUAAGUGUGGAAAAACAUUGGGCUCACCAGUAUUCUUGGGAGAGUUUGAAUGUUCCACGUACUUUGAAUGGGAAUCUCAUGUGUUCUGUGAAGACAUUACUAAACCUGUGAAUGAAGUGCCUUGCUAUCUGUAUCUCAAGAAUGAAAAAUAUGACUUAUCUCCCUUGGCUAAAACAACCGGCGCCCAUUUUGUGGACUCAACUGUGAAUAGCCAGUUUUACAUCAACAUCUGUCGAGACAUUACAGGAGCUGGCUCUGAUCCGUCCAGCAAAUGUCCUGUUGGCUCAAGUGCGUGUCGGAUCCUUGAUGGCAAGGGGGAGGAUAUGGGCCAGCCAUUUGGCGGUCUACAGCACUCUGUUGACGGCAACCUGUUGCUGCAGUAUAAGACUUCUGUAAAGCCAGCUGGAUGUGUGGACAAUCCAACUACAACUAUAACAUUUGUGUGUCCUGCCAGAGGAGGGAGUAAGGAUCCUCUGCUGAUUGAUGACAGACUCUGUCACAACCAGAUCGAGUGGAAGACAGAGUAUGCAUGUCCAGAAUCCUCACUGACCAGUGACACAUGUAUGCUUACCCAGGAAAACCACCACAUCGACAUUGAUCUUUCCCCUCUUAGAAAGCCACUUGCUUCUGACCACCCAUACAAGAUGAACGUGUCUGACGGAAACGACCACUAUGUGUAUGUCCUCAAUGUGUGUGAUUCCCUGGGGCUGGAGUGUCCCGAGAAGAAGGACUCCGCAUCAGUCUGCCAGUUGAAGGAACACGAGUCCACGUUUGCCAAGAGCCUCGGAAAGAAAGAUACCAUGAAACUCAGAAUGACAGAUGGAGAGCUGACCUUGACCUACAAAGAUGGAACAGCAUGCCACACCCAUUUCAGAAGGAACACCAUCAUCACAUUCAAAUGCAACAUGACUGCAGCUAACAACGGUCAUGGCUGGCCAGUGUUUCGGGAGGCUAACAACUGCACCUACCUGUUUGACUGGGAGACAAAGUACGCAUGUGAGAACCGUCUCGCCAUGGGGGCUUGUCGGGUUGAUCACAACCAGCAGCGAUAUGACCUGUCAGCCCUCGUCAGGAACUCGGGUUCAAACUGGGUGGCCCUGGACGGUGAGAACCAGUAUGAGCAGUCUCACUACUACGUCAACGUCUGCAACGACGUCCUCAACAUCACCACAGGCUGCACCGCCAGCAGUAUCUGCAGGAAAGAUGCUAAAGGUAAUACCAAGAAGCUUGGCCGAUUCGCACAGGCUCCAAAAUAUGAUCCCUCAUCUAAGACACUCCAGAUAACCUACACAGGGGGGGACAGCUGCCAGCCGGGCAAGACCACCUCCUCCAGAAUAACCUUCAUAUGUAAACCAGGAGACUUGGAGAGUGGUCCGGUUCUCAUCCAGGAGACAGAUGACAAGUGCAUGUAUGAGUUUGAAUGGCACACUGCUGCAGCUUGUGUAUUGUCAAAGAAGAAAGGAUCCAACUGUAAAGUCUUUGACGAUGAUGCAGGUUACAGUUUUGACCUGUCCCGUCUCAAGAAGCCAGACGGGAAGUACUACAAGGUCUCCGAGAGCAGCAACAUGUAUGACUUCUUCCUGAAUGUGUGCGGCGCCGUCACUGGCUCCAAAUGUGACACAGGACACACCAACACGGCCGUGUGUCAAGUCAAAAAAGCUGAUAAAAGCAUCUACCACAAGACUGGGGAGCCCAACGGUGACAUCACAUACUUCGACGGCAUGAUCAACCUCACCUACAGUAACGGCGACAGCUACAACAACGCUGGCCAUACCCCCAGACAGACUGAGAUUGCCUUCCUGUGUGACUCCACCAAGGGUGAGGGCAGCCCAGAGUUUGUCAGCGAGGCCAACUACACAUACACCUUCAAGUGGUACACAGCCUACGCUUGUCCAGCCCAGCCGAUCGAGUGUGUGUACGAGGACAAGGUCAACAAUAAACAGUAUGACUUGUCCAGAUUGUCAAUGUCGGAGACCAAAGACAACUGGAUGGUGGUUGGGGAUAACACUGAUACUUCACGCAGAUUCUACAUCAACGUGUGCAGGCCGGUCAACCCCGUGCAUGUGGAUAGUGGUCAGUCGUGCGGAGCAUUUGCUGCGGCUUGUGAGACCAAAGUCAAGGAUGGCAAGGAAACUGUCGUGCACAGCAGCCUGGGCGAGGCACGAGUGGGUCCCACAUCGGAUGGAGACCACCCAGGUCAGCUGAUGCUGAGGUACACAGGCGGAGACCAGUGUGUGGACCAAGCCGGGCACAACACAACAAUGACCACAGUCAUACACUUCAGCUGUGCCAAGGGCAAGGUGACAGGAGCCCCGCUCCCGUUCAUCAAGUCCGGCCCUUGUGAGUACAGCACCAUCUGGAGAACGGAGGCAGCGUGCCCCAUUGAUGACGUCGAGACCAACACCAGCACCUGCAGCAUCAAGGAUCCAAAUUCCAAUUUCAUCUACAACCUGAAGCCUCUCAUGAAGAAGGGAGAUGGCUUUUAUAAAGUCACCGCAUUUGACAAGAGGACUUUCUUGUUGAACAUCUGUGGCAACGUGUCAUCCUGCGACCUCCUCACGCCAGACAACGUGAAGGCCUCGGUGUGCGAGGACCAGACCACCAGGAAGCCAGCCCUGGCCAUGUCCAGCGGCUCACUGGACUUCUCAGAUGAUGGACAGUUGAUGCUGACUUAUGAUGGGAGGAGGCUCAGUAAUGGACAACAAGUGCAGGUGAAGAUUUCCUUCGUCUGUCGAAGAGAUGCAGGCGAUAAUCCGACAUUCGUACGCCAAGAAGACAACACGUAUUAUUUCAAGUUCGAGACCGCUCUGGCCUGUCCCCCACAACCUGUUGACUGCAUGGCCAUAGAUAAACGUGGCAACGAGUAUGACCUCACCGCCUUGGCCAAGACCUCGUCCAAUUGGGUGGUGAGGGACACAAGGGAGGGCUACUCUAAGUUGAAAUACUACAUCAACGUGUGUCGCCCUAUCAACCCAGUUGCAGGCUCAACUUGUCCUGGUGGGCCUUUUGGAGGCUGUCAGUCCGGGGACAAGUCCUUCAGUCUGGGGUACGUCCAGUCCAAGCCUGUUGCCAUGGACGACGGCUCCCUCGUGCUGCAGUACCGGGGAGGGACUCUGUGUCACAAGGGCACUGAUAAGGAAUCACAUCGCAGCACCAGGAUCAAUUUCAUCUGCUCGCAUGCAGAGAGUGAUCCUGUGUUCAUGGGAGAAACAGAGACGUGUGAAUAUUUGUUUGAAUGGAACACUCCCAGUGCCUGCCCCCAACAUAAAAUAACUGGCAAGGACUGCAAGGUCACUGACCCUGUGUAUAACUAUCAGUUUGACCUUUCACACCUGCACCAAUCAGCUGAGGAUUACAAGGUGAAGGUCGGGGACUACACCUACCUCAUCAACGUGUGCGGACAGCUGGUGUCCGGCACGGGGGCAUGUGCCGGUGUGGGGGCGUGUCAGACUAAGGAUUCAGAUAAAUCCUUCAUUUUUGAUGCAGGAAAGGCCAAUAGUGAUCUCGUAUACAAUGCAGGGGAGCUAACUCUCCGCUACACGGAUGGCAAGUCCAACUGCCAUCACAAGUACAACCGUACGACUAUAAUCACCUUCACCUGCGACCACACCAAGGAUGGGAAGGAGGGGCCAAGGUAUCUGCGGGAAGAUGGAGACUGCACCUAUCAGUUUGAGUGGCCGACUAGCUACGCAUGCUCACCGCACAAGGUGUCCGACUGUACGGCGACCGAUCCCGAGGGCAACGUUUAUGAUUUGUCUUCUCUCACACGAACCAAUGAUAACUACAUUGUUGAUAAGGCUUACAGGCAGAGGAAGUUUAUACUGAAUGUGUGCCAGACAUUGGUUUACAAGAAAGAUCAGACCUGCCCUCCCAACUCGGCAGCGUGUAUGGUGAACUUGACAGAGACACUGCAGGAGAAGAAGUUCCACAAGAUUGGGGAGCUGACCAGCAAGCCAGUGAGGUUUGACACUCUGUCCAAGACCCUCAUCAUCCGGUACGACAAUGGAGAGAAGUGCCCAGUUGCUAACCGGACAGUGUCCACUGUCAUCAUCCUGCACUGUGACCUCAAUGCCUAUGAUACGGAGCCCUCUGGUCACUUCCUGGCCAACCUGUGUGAGCAUCGGUUUGUCUGGACGACGCGCGCAGCCUGCUCUGUGAACACAAGGGAAAGCAGUGCCAAAGGAGGCAACUGCACUGCCACAAACCCAGACUCUGGCUACACGUUUGACCUGAGUGCCCUGAAGAAGUCCACAGGAUAUCACUUCAAUGACGGCAACGACCAUGACUUCCACAUCAAUGUGUGUGGCCCAGUUGCUGGCAGUGGUUGUGACAGCAAUGCUGGAGCAUGUCAGAAGGAGUUGGUGGGGGAAAAGCGGAACUUCAGCGCCGGUGUUGCCAACAGCAACCUGCAGUUCAGAGUCGGCUUCUUGAUGCUGAACUACUCCGGUGGGGCUCUCUGCCACAACAAGUACCACCGCUCCACCAUCAUCAACUUCAUCUGCGGCCAGGAAAAGGGGGAUGGAUUUCCAAUACUGGUGGGCGAGACAGAUGACUGUGUGUAUCACUUCAACUGGCACACGAGCAGAGUCUGUGAGCAAGAGGUAAAAUGCAGUGUGGAAACCCAGGGCCCAAAAGGCAGUUACAAGGUCGACCUGUCUCCACUCAUCAAGGCAUCAGGACACCAUGUGGCCAUUUCCUUGAUACCAGGGGCGGUAAACUCGGGCACAACCUACUACAUCAACAUCUGCCGACCCCUCAACCCCAUCCAAGGGAAACUCUGUCCCCCGGGCUCCUCUGCCUGUAUGAUAGAGGGAGAUAAAACUCCUGUGAGUUUGGGUCACCUGGCUGGAGGUCCGUACAUUGACUCCGUGACUGGGAAGGUGACCUUGUCCUAUGUGAAUGGCAGCAAGUGCUUGAAGGACCCCAGUAGAAACACCACAAGCCAUAUCAUCUUCACCUGCAAAGUCGGCACGUCACUUGGUGAGCCCAAGUUUGAGUUGGCAGAUGAUUGUGACUACGUGUUUAUGUGGUACACCAACCUGGCCUGCCAGGACAACCAGAUCGCCGCCGAGACACCCACAUGCUCGUACAGCGACCCCAGCACCGGCCAACUCUAUGACAUCAGUGCCCUCAACACUCCAGUCAAGGCGUUCCCAGCACAAGGGGGAAGCUUCUUCAUCCAGCCAUGUGGCGCCAUCAGCCAACCCGCCUACCCGGCGUGUGCCGGCUCAUCCAGCUGCCACGUUGACCACAACACUGCCAUGUCGUACGGGGAUGCCAAGAAGGGGAUGUUCAUGAUGGAGAGUCGGGAGAUCCUGAAGCUGCUGAUGACUGGAGGCAGUCAGUGUGAUGUCGGAGGACAGAAGGUGCAGGCCAAGACCGAGAUUCUGUUCCAGUGUGACUACAAUGCUGGCAAUGGGAAGCCCCAAGCGUGGCCUAGUGCCAAGUGUUCCGCCUUGUUUAUGUGGAAGACGAACCUCAUCUGUCCUCCCAUCAUUGAAGACUGUACCCUGGUGCAUGAUGGGACAGUGUACGACUUCGGGAUACUCUCACGCGACAUCGGCAGCUGGAACUACACAGACUCCAAGGGAAACAUUUACUUCUUGAACAUCUGCCAAGGGGUUCAUGGUCGGGCUCGAGGUGAGGGAUGUCUCAUGGACUCGGCUGUUUGCCGCAAGACUGCCGACAAGGGGACAGAUAUGUUGGGAGCGGUGCGGACACAGAAGCUCCAUAUGGAUACUGACGGCCAGACUAUUGUCUUGGAGUACUCUCAGGGGGCUUCAGCCUGUUCCCACAGCCGGCGCCGCAGCAACAACCUCAUGGCCAAAACCAUUAUCAAGUUCAAGUGUGAUAAACUGGUGGGAGGCCCAAGAUUUAUUGAAAGUGCCAGAAAUAAUGAGCAGUGUAUCUUUGAAUUUGAAUGGAAAACAAGACUGGCUUGCAAGAAAGACAUGAUGACGGAGGCAGUACAAGACAGUAACGGUAUCAUCAUAGAUCCGCGGUCCAGUGGCAUGGUGGACAUUAGGAAACUCUCCACUUCACAUCGCGACCACAUUGCACUUGAGAGGAGCAAGGACAACUUCAUUUAUGCCAUCAGCCUGGAGGGAAAACUGGAGUCCACCUCGGCCGGAUCCUGUGUCGGGGCAGCUGUGUGUCAGAGGAAACCACAGGACUCCAAUGUCAAUAACAACCUCGGCACAUUCACCAGCAGGAAGUACUUCUUUAAAGAUGAUCAGCUGGAAGUUGUGUACACCUCACCAGACAAGUGUGUGGGGAGAGACGGUCACAGGCUAGCCAAAAACAUCUCCACUGCCAUUGUGUUUAACUGUGAUAGGUUGAAAAAUAAGAGUGAGCCAAGCUUGACAUACAAAUCUCGCAACUGUUUCUACCUGUUUGAAUGGGAUACAGAUGCUGUGUGCUUCUCUGCGGCUGUAGAUGUUCAGCAUGUGGCUGUCAACGGCGCUGUUGGUGACCAGACUCUGGGUAAUGGUGGCAAGUCCAGCAGCAUCAAGCCCAAGACUGUGGGUGUCAUCAUCUCUGUGUUCCUGUCAGUAAUAGUCAUCUGCAUCGCCCUCAUUGUCUUCCAUAAACCAGAGAGGAGAGCUGCAUUUGCGUCCAGAGUUAAGAGAACUUGCAGAUGUCCGACACAAACUGAAAGACAUAUCCAGUAUUCUGUGUUGACCCAAGAUGAUGUGGACCCAGAGGUGGAUGACGAUUUCUUCAUGGAUCAUGACAAUGAUAUCACAACACUACCCAAUACAUCUACGGACACUACAUUACAGACGACGGCACAAGUCCGGAGUUACCAUGACGACAGUGAUGACGACCUGCUGGCAUGAAGAAAACGUGUACUUUUCAUAACCAUACGCUCAUGACCAAGUCAUAAUAUGUCAUUGUCUCAUCAAAACUCACAUGUUAGCUUCACUACAUAUGGCUAUUUAUUUUUCUUGUUUGUGUUGGUUCAAUUGGUUUCACUGUGUUUAGGUCUGAAAGUAGAUGGCCAUGACUAAAUUACAUGCCUGAGAGUAAUUUAUGGGAGAACAACUUGAAGGAGAUUAAAUGCAUUAAAACAUGGGGAAAACAAACAUAACAUGCAUUAUUUUAGUCACACUUCUGUUUACACUGAGAGGGUACAGAUUUUGGAUCAGGGUUGUAUCCAUUAGCAGCCGGGGCAUGGGUGGCCCAGCCUAAGGCAGCACAAUUUGUUGUGCAAAGUUUGUCUUGGACUUGCCAGAAACCUAUGAUCUUGAGUUUGAAAUCCUGGUUCACAUGAUUCCAUGUCUUGGUUUGUCAGCAUCAUACCUGUGCUCAUCGCCUUCACCAAAGUGGUAAACGUCUGAGACCUGCAUCACUUCUUACCUUCCCACAUGAGAUGCAACUGAACUUUUAAGCCAACCCCAUAUUCAAACCCAGUGCUGUGCUGUGCUGUGCUGUGCUGUGCAGGUUUGCAUCCCUUUUGCAUUAGCUAUAUAGCCAUUUUUGAAAAAUGUAACCAUAAAAUUAUUUCAAAAUCUUUCAAAAUGUGUGUCUAACCCUUACAUGUCCACACAGCGUAUUCAAUACCUCUAGGCUUACUUGCCAUACCACAUCAAUAACCUCAAUGUUAUUUGUAACUUGUGUUGCGUUUUGGGGCUUGACAUCAUCAAAGUGUGGAUACUUCCACAUUAUGUGCAUGUUCCAACUUAGAUAAAUUUAUGGGUACAGGGUGAACCUGGUGUAUAUGUCAACAUGCACCUGGUGCAAGUUCCUUUAUCUGGCCCUGUACUGGUACAUGUCCAUCCUAAUGUUACAUGUUCCUGUGCCAUGUACCAAGCUUUUCCUUUGUUGUCUAAAUAAGCAAUACAAUGUUUGGUAUAUUUGGAGUUCUGAAAUAGAAAUAGAAUGGGUAAUUAUUGGUCGUUUGAAUAUGUUUGAUGUCAAGAUUUUUAGAAAUGUGGCUUUCACAUAACAGUGCUUCAUAUAUUGUGUAAUAUCAUGUCUUUUGAUCAUCACUACUUACCGUCUACCCUUGAAGGUAUAUCACUCACAAUUCAGUGAGAACUGUGAACUUGUUUUGUUCCAAAUGUUUUCUCUUCUUCAGAAGAAUAGUAACAUGUGACCUCUCCCAGUGUCAAUGAAGUCAGUAUGCCAGUAUCAAGUAUCUAUGGGGCACUAUGAAACCCUCCCUAAGUGGUGCCAGGAUUAUGGGUUCAAAUCCCAGAAUCACCCUGAUGAUGAUCUCUGGCCUGUCAGCACCACUCUCAUGCUUCCUUCACCAAUAGGGUAAAUGUGUUGGACCAGCAUCACUUUGGGCUUCUUGUAAUAUUACACGACUUUCUGUGAACCUGUAGUGACACCUUGUUAUCCAGACCUGUUAGUCUGGCUGAAUGGGUCAUUGUUGUGUAUGGUGUACUGCAGAAAUGUACCCUGGCUGGAAUAAUGAUAGAGAAAUAUACCUCAGCUGAACAAGCCCAUUAACGUAUGCACAAAAAUAUUUUUUUGAAUUGUAAAGUUUUAUUGACCUGGAACAGUGAUGUCAAUAUGAAAUUGAUUGUAUUUGAACACAUGAUUCGAGCAGCGAAAGGUCCAAUGCCUACGCCAACCCAUACUGACUGAUUUCGCUGAGGCUUGACAUUCCACAAGUCUGCAGAGGUACUGGAACUAAGGGCUGAAAUUAGAAUGCUAUGCAUUGGCCAGUUUGGGUACAUUCCUGUUGUCUGGUUCUGGGCUACCCUUAGGGUAUAUUUCCGUCAUACCCAACCCCUUGACCUCUUCAUCAUUUGUAUGGAGAACUUCCGCUUUGGCACUAACUGCCGAUAUUCCUGCUAUUCCCCCAACUUUCCAAACACAGAGAUAUGUUAAUGUGAAGGAUCCCAAUCCCAAUGUCAAUGUGGCUGGAUUGUUUCCAAAAUAAUAUCCCAACCUAGCAUUUUGAAACUCAUUUAUGUAUAUAUCCUUGUACAACAUGUGGAUUGCCAACAAACAAAGAAACAACAUCAUUAUUGAAGUUGGCGUCUGUAUGAUUCCACUGUAGAGUCUCGGACCGGACACGUGCCGAGGGUAAUCAAUAGAUGGCUCCAGCUGUCUUUUGUCACAACAUUGCUCAUGUGACAUAUACUAGUUCAGUGAUAUAACUGUCGUCUGUAUGGUGUCCUGGUGAAUGUGUGUAUGGGCUGAUGUUUUCACCAGGUCUGUGUGGAUGAGAUGUGUUGAGGUUGAAGAUGUGUGACUGCGCCAGUUGUUGUAGAAUGCAAUGUCUAUGUUAUACAGGCUGGUGUGGCCUUGUGUCUGUAGACCAAGGCCCCUUGCAUGUGUUAUUGGAACUGGAUUUGUCUGGAGGUCUUUUGUCAUUUUGGAAGAGUUCGCAAUGAAAGCCUCAUUUUCUGAUUAUAAUGUCCAAUGAUUUUUGUUUUUAAAUGAAAAAUUUCUUUUCAAAAUCAAUUUCAUGCCCUAGAGAUAAUUUUGAAGGUUAAAAUGGUUAAAUAUAUUUAACACUUGAAGAAACAGCACUCAUAUCACAAACAAGACUUUGCAUUUGACAAUUUCACAAAGAGACUAUUUAUGUGAUUCCCUCUCAUGAUGAGCUGAGUUUUGCAAACAUAUCACCGAACACUGUGUUAUUCAGCCCGAAUGUGUAUAUUUUCUUUGUUUUGUAUAUAUUGAACCAUCUGCCAAAUAUGUUCAAUAACAUUUGUUUACACUGGGAUCAAUGUGAAGCCUUGGCUCUCUCCCUGUGCUUGUUUCAACAUGUGUUCACUGUGUCUGAGUUAGCCAUGGCAUCAUCACAUCCACCAUUAACAAACAAGAUGAUACAGAUCUGAGAAUCUGACAUGAAUUUUAUUGCUCUCAUCAGGGUUUCUAUUCACUGACAUUUACUGGUACCAGACUCUGUCCCACAGUUUAGGUCCCUCUGUAGCUGGGAUAUUUACCAUUGCAGUGUAAAUUGAUUUGUUCACUGAUAUGUGUUAGUGGCAUGGGUGACCUAGUCGUCACUGGACUGUGCUUGUGGGUUUCAUCAAUGUGCUAAGCAGCAACCAUGUGGGGAUACAGGGUAGACAUUGGUCCCCAGCAACCAGGGCUUGUCCUCGGAGGCGACCAAAUGGAUUGGGAGGUCAGGUUUGGUGACUUUCACUGGGUGUCAUCUUACUGUCACAAUGUGAACAAUUGCUCAUGAUAUCAAUCACUGUUUUUUCCAUUCGGCACCACUCACCCCUUUCCAUAACGCGCAAGUAGACUCGUCCCCCUAUCAGCAAAUGUUAUGUGCGAAAAUACGACAAACCAAUGAGAAUGUGUGUAUGAUUUCAAGUUCUUCGUCAAAGAAUCCCUUAGAAAUAAUUUUUGAUUUUACAUA